AUGUCCUCUAUGCUACAAGAAUUUCGGGCAAAACGCGAAACUGAAAGGGUUCGAGUCGAAGAUAAGUACGAGAUUUUGGGGUUUAUCAGUUCGGGAACUUAUGGAAGAGUAUACAAAGCACAGGCGAAACAGAAAAGUAAGAGUUCAGAUGAUGAAAAGCCUCUUAUGUAUGCAAUAAAAAAAUUUAAACCUGAUAAAGAAGGCGACGUCACUACUUACACAGGGAUAUCACAGUCCGCAUGUCGAGAGAUAUCGUUGUGUCGGGAACUUAGUCAUGUAAAUAUUGUCACUCUUCAAGAAGUACUUUUAGAAGAUAAUUCAAUUCAUAUGUUAUGGCAACUGCUUAAUGGAGUAGCAUACCUUCAUGCUAAUUGGGUUUUACAUAGGGAUCUAAAACCGGCAAAUAUUUUAGUCACAGCUGAUGGUCCCUUGUUCAAUGGUGAUAAGGUGGUUGUAACAAUAUGGUAUCGAGCUCCUGAACUUUUACUUGGGUCUAAACAUUAUACCAAGGCGAUAGAUAUUUGGGCUGUUGGAUGUAUAUUUGCUGAAUUAUUGACUUUACGACCAAUAUUUAAAGGGGAAGAAGCAAAAAUGGAUAAUAAAAAGAAUGUUCCAUUUCAGAAAAAUCAAUUGACAAAGAUUUUUGAAAUAUUGGGGAAACCAACAAGAACAAUGGCCCGAGAUCGAAAUCAACCUGAAUAUUCUCAGUUAUCUGCUUUUCGUACUUAUCCAAAUAGACUACGAGAAUUUUACCAAAAUGCUUGUUCUUCAAAGUCAGAACAGGGAUAUAAAUUAUUGUCCCUCAUGUUAGAGUACGAUCCUAUAACACGUAUCACUGCUGAGGAUGCCCUGAAACAUCCUUAUUUUGAAGAGGAUCCUCUUCCAUCCAUGGAUUCUUUUGAUGGACAACCAAUUCAAUAUCCCUCGAGAAGUGUUAAACAUGAUGAUAAUGAUAUGAAGGCACCACCUGUGGUAGCUGCCAAUACUACUACACAAGGUCAGGCAGGGGCGUCACAAGGUGGCGCGGGCGGGGGACGAAAGCAUGCUCACCCUGGAAAGGAUGAAGGAAGAAAUAAUAAGAGGCGAGGCUAG